GUCCUCUCCCAUCUCGGGGCCCCAUUGUACUGGCUGUGACACAGACCCAGAGGAACUGAGAUCCGGCCUCCUGGUUCUGGGUGCGGUGCGGGUGCAAGAGCGAGAGACAGAUCCCCCCCACCCUGAAGAAGCUACUCAGACAACUGCACCAAAGCCUCUUCACUGGCAGGAUGCUGUCUCUGGACCAGAUCAAUGUGGACCAGCCCCUAAUCCUGAAGGAACUGGAUUGGGCUGAGCAGGGGCCUCUGCCAUCCAUUGGCUCUCUGCGCCCGCACUGGCGGCAGGAUGUGUCCCUGGAUUGCAAGAUCUCACCAGAGGACAGCCAUGCUCGUGCCUGCACUGCCUACUACUAUGACCUGCUGCAGGGCACGCUCCAGCAGGAGGGGCUGCCUGAGACCAUUGACCGCACCAAGGAGCCGCGUACAGGGUUCAGCUCCACGGAAGUGACCAUCUGCAUCCUAGGGUCCCCCACCUCGUACCUGUCUGUCCUACUGGAGGGUGGCUCCCAGUGCCCAGGUAGCAUGCUGCUGUGCCUGUCCCCCUGCUGGCUCUCCAAGGUGCCGUCGUUAUUGCGCCCUGGGGAGUCAUCCCUGCUGGUCUCCAAAGCCAUCUCCUUCGAGCAGGGUGGGCGCACAUUCCUGGAAGAGUUCUCGCCCCCGCGCCGUGUCACCUACUUCACGGGCUCCUUCGGGCCCUGCAAAGAGCACGAGCAAUCAGCAGGGGAGCUGGCCCGUGACCUGGACUGUCCCACGGGGGGCUCGGGGGAGCUGGCCCGCCUGCUGGAGGACAAGCUGCUGACACGCCAGCUGCUGGAUGCACGGGCACAGGUCGGGGUGCCGCCCACACUGGCCUUCACCUUCCAGCGCCCACAGCUCCUGCAGGGCCUUGCUGCUCAGCGCUCCUUGCAUGUGGUGGAGCUGAGCGGAAAGGAGGGCCAGGAGAACCUCGUCCAGGAGGAGGUCGGUGCCUUCCUACAGGGUGGCGCCAUGGAGCCCUACAGUCAGGUAGUGGUGAAGCCGUCGGGCUGGCGCUGGAGCGGGGCGCACACGGUGAGCUUCCAUGUCAAAGUGGAGCAGGCUGCCGUGCUGCAGGCUGUGCUGGCGCUCCUGGAGACCCUGGAGGAGGAGGAGAGCGCCUUAGUGGAGGCCUUCAUUCCUACCGCCCGCUUCACCCAGUUCAGCAGCCCUGACAACAGCUCCUUGUGCAGCACAUCUCCGAGGCCCAACCUGGCGAUCCGGAUCUGCACAGUCGUCUGCAGAUCCUGGGCAGACCAGCCUCUGCUGACCAAGGUGGUGUGUGGCAUGGGGCGGGCUGAUAAGCCCCUGAAGCACCAAGCAACAGUGCCCCAGACCUUGGAGAGCAGCCUGCAGGAGUGGGGCAUGACAGACGAGGCCCAAAUAACAGCCAUCCGUGCCCAGAUCAAGCAGAAGGCCGAGGCUGCCAUGAGGGCCUUCAUGGAAAUGGAGGCAGAGCUCUCGGUGGAACAACGGGGGGGCCGUAGGACCCAGACCGAUGUGAUUGGUGUGGAUUUUCUGCUGACCUCGUCAGAAGAGGUGCUGCAGCUGGUGGCCCUGGAGAUGAACUCCCAGCUGUGCCUUGAGACCUGUGCUCUCUUUGAGUCCAUGGGCCAGGCAGUGGGGGUGCCGAGGGGGUCGUCCCAACCCCUGGUGGAGACAAUGUUGCGGCGUGCGCAGUGCCACCUCAUGGAGGGCAAGCACGUGCUGGUGAUCGGGGCUGGAGGAGUCAGCAAAAAAUUCGUCUGGGAGGCGGCCAGGGAGUACGGGCUAAAAAUCCACCUGGUGGAGUCGGAUCCCAACCACUUUGCCUCCCAGCUGGUGCAGACCUUCAUCCACUACGACAGCACGGACCACAAACGGGAUGAGGAGCACGCCCAGCGUGUGGUAGAGCUAGUGCAGGAGCGGGGCCUGCACCUUGAUGGCUGCCUCUCCUACUGGGAUGACUGCAUGGUACUGACGGCUCUGGUGUGCGAGCAGCUGGGCCUGCGCUGCAGCCCCACAGCUGCCAUGCGGGUGGCCAAGCAGAAGAGCCGCACCCAUCAGCACCUGCUGCGCCGGCGCAAAGAUGCCCCUCGGGGCUGGCCCUCCACUGCCGUCUAUGCCGUGCCCUGCUGGCAUCUGGAGAGCCAGGCUGAUGUGGAGCGAGCCGCCCACCACCUGUCCUUCCCAGGUGUCAUGAAGCUGGAGUAUGGGGCAGGUGCUGUGGGUGUCAAGUUGGUGGAGGAUGCCCAGCAGUGCCACCUGCACUUUGAGAAGAUCUCCCAGGAUCUGCGGGAAGACACCGACCACCCGGGCAUUGGGCUGGGCUGGGGCAAUGCCAUGCUGCUCAUGGAGUACGUGUCAGGCACAGAGCAUGAUGUUGACCUGGUCAUCUUUGAGGGGCGUAUGUUGGCUGCCUUUGUGUCCGACAACGGGCCCACACGUGUGCCCUGCUUCACAGAGACAGCAGCCAGCAUGCCUACCUGCCUGCCAUCUGACCGUGAGGCCCAGCUGGUGCGCGCUGCCUACCAGUGCUGCCUCGGUUGCGGCCUCACUGAUGGUGUCUUCAAUGUGGAGCUCAAGCUGACAGCAGCUGGGCCCAAGCUCAUCGAGAUCAACCCCCGCAUGGGUGGCUUCUACCUGCGCGACUGGAUCCGUGAGGUCUUCGGCGUGGAUAUCAUGCUGGCUGCAGUCAUGGUAGCAUGUGGCGUGGCACCGCUGCUGCCCACUUGGCCCCAGCCCCGCACUCACCUGGUGGGAGUCAUGUGCGUGGUGUCACAGCACAUGCAGGCUCUCAAGUCCACUGCCAGUCUGGAGACGCUGCAGGCCCUGCACGAGGGCGGUGUUGUUCGCCUCAACCUUCUGGAUGACAAGCUCAUCUCCAGAGAGUAUGAGGAGCCCUACUGCAAUGUGGCCUGUGGUGGCCCCAGCCGCCACGAGGCCUGCCUCAAGGUGCUAAGCAUCUGCCAGGCCCUGGGCAUUGACUCGCCCCAGUACCCAGUGGCCCACUUCCUCUCCCACUUCAAAUAGCCCCUGGGGAGCCCCUGGGGAUGGGGGGCAGGGCCAGGCCACAGCAAGGCCCUUAUGAGCCCCUGACCCUCCAUCCCCAGUGUCUCUCCCCUCCUCUCCCCCACGGUGAGGGCCCCAUGGCUUGUGUUAUGUGGCUCUCCCCUACCACCUAAUAGCCUAUCAUCUCUCCCCCAGCCCCUGGGCGGUGGUGUUUGGCUGGUGGGAUUGCAGCCACACAACAUGCAUCCUGCUCCCCCAUCAGGUCCCCCUAACUCCCAGUUGCCCUGUCCCACCCUCAGGAGCAACCUCCUCAGCAGGGAGUCCUUCCCUGUCCAUAAUCACCUCUGUCACUGCUACCUGCCCCAGUCACAUCUGUUCCUCUGUUGGCUCCUGGGUGCCAUGGAGACCAUGCCUGACAGCUCUGAGAUGGGCUUGUGGGGCACAGACCCUCCUGCACCAGCCCGGGAUACGAGCUUCAUGUGGCCCUGGUUGGAGGUUUGGGGUGUGGGCUUGGAGUCUUCAGGUGUGGAGACUUCAGGCUGCCAGUGACCGUACAGUAACAGCCCACCCAAAGCCCCAGGCUCAUUGCCACGAUAUGCAAAGCCCCCUAUGCUCAUUAGCCUACCUACACACACUAACUGCCCUGUGUGCAGCUUUCCCCAUGUUUGUCUAUGCCCUGCUCUACCAAAGGAGCCCACACUGUGUCCCAGCUUUGACCCCACUAACCACCCCCUGCACCUCUCCUCAGCCUCCAGAACAACCCAAGCUGGGAUGCUGGAUAACCCCAGGAGCUGGCGAUCCUAGUUCAGCCAGCCGGAGAGACAGCCUGGCAUGAACGUGUGCCCCUUGACACCCAGAGGAGCCAGCACUGUCCAGGGCAGUAUCAGGGACUUCAGAGCAACCCUGCAAAUAAGCCAGCUUGUUCAGCCCCAGUGCCCAUGAGAGACCCUAUAUAAACAAACCAGCACACCUAGUGCCCAGCAUGAGCCUGCAAUAAAAAAAACCAGCACUCAGGAGUGCUAAAGGGCAUGCUAACCAGUAGGCGUAUCCUAGAGCAAUAACAGGGCUCCAGAGUGACCCUGCAGUAAAAACCCAGUGCCAGUGCAACCUGGAUAUAACAGGCCAACUGCAGAGUGCCAGAGCAAUCCAGUGAUAACAGCCCAGUGCUACCAGUCCCAGUGGCCUGAAGGAUGGGGCAACAGCAAAAACUAGUGUGUGUGUCCCUACAAAGCACAGAGUGGACAGCCCCAGUGCAAUUAAAAAAUGAAUGCACGCAGCUGGAGUGACCCUACAAUAAUGAACUACAAGCCUGAGUGACCCUCACUAACAAGCCAGCCCCCACAUCCUCAGUAACUAUACGGUAGCAAAACUGUUCUCUAUUGGGACAUUACAAUAAGAAACCAACACAUGCUGUCUUAGUGACCCUACAAUAACCAACUAGUGGUUGCAGCACCAGCACCCCCAGCUGACUGUCAGGUAAUGAACUAGUGCCCUAAAGUAGCCCUACAGUAACAAACGAUCACAGACUUCCCCGAUGACUAGAAUAACAACUCAUGCCUUGUGUGAUCCUACAGUAACAACCCUUAAGGGACCCAACAAUACCAAGUCCAUGUAUGCCACCUAAGUGACCCUACAGUAACAAAUUGACAACUCCAAUAACCAGCUAGUACACCUAGUGUCCCCUGUGACAGCACCAAAACAACCAAGCAGAGGAGAACGGGUCUGUAUUGGAAACUGGUUUGGUGUCUCUGCCGCUCUAAAAGUGCACAUGCUCCUGCUGCCUCCCCCACUCAUCAUGGUGAGAGCAAGAGUUGAUGAGGUCACUAGCAGGUGAUGACAUCAUCAACUGAGAGGAGGAGCAGCUGGAAGUUUGUGCUGUCUUAAAGGGGGCAGAGACCCUGAGCCAAGACGGCUGGAGGAGGGUGGGAGUCCAUCGUUGGUGUCUCCAUGGAGCCCAAGGACAGGUGCCGGGGUGGGCCUGUCCUUCAGUCAGCCUGGCCCAGAGACCUUGUGACACCUCCCACCUCUAUUGUCCUUCCGCUGCCUCUAACCAGCAGCAGCUUGAGGCGGGUGGACAAAGUAGUCCCUCCCCAAUAAAAAGCCGUGUGAAAGGA